UUCCCGCUUUAAAGAAAGAGUAGUCUCUUAUGCGAAAAAUGACUGCUUCUAACAUCAUGUCCAUCGCUUAGCUAGCUCUGCUUGCUUUUGUCCCAGAAUUUACCGCCAUUUCGGGAUGGAACAGUCCGAUACUCCAACUCCGGAGGCUAAGACUCCGGAGCUGGCGAAGGAAAAAGAGGAACCUCAAAAGCCUGCAGAGGAAGAUUGGUCUUUCGGAACCGUCUGCAAAGUGUGCAACGGUGACUUACUAACCCGCGAGCCAAAAUUGAUGCCGUGUCUGCACACCGUUUGCAAGCAGUGCGUUCUGAAUGUCACCAAUGCUGAGAAACAAGGCUGUCGCUGCCCAAUCUGCCGCCAAGAUUGUCGGAAUAUCAACGAGAUCAUUGACAACUACUUUAUCACUGGGGGAGCCUCCGCAACCUCGGCAGAGUCCAGUGUCAAAGAUGCUGGUGUCUGUCUGUGUGACGACCAAUCUGAGGUCUCAGCAUUCUGCCAAGACUGCAUGGAGUGGCUUUGUGAACCCUGUGUGCAGGCUCAUCAGCGUGUACGCGUCACCAAGGACCACGUGAUCAAGCCGAGGUCAGAGGUGGCGGGCACCUCGGGGGAGGGAAGUAACGGCAGUGGACGGAACGAGCAGAAGCCGUUGUUUUGUUCGGUCCAUCGACAGGAGCAACUCAAGCUGUACUGUGAGACUUGUGAGAAAUUGACGUGCAGAGAUUGCCAACUUCAGGAGCAUAAAGAACACAAGUAUCAGUUUGUUGGGGAGAUUGCGACCCGACAGAAGUCAGCCUUGCGCAUCCUGCUGGGGAAGCUUGGGGAGAAACAGAACUACGUCCAGCAAACGAAGAAGCACAUCCUGUCCAAGGGGGAGCAAUUGCAGACCAACGAGGAACAGGUCACCCAGGAGAUUCGCAACCUCGUCUUCAGGUUGGUGAAUGACAUUACUCAGAGAGGCAAGAAACUUCUAAGUGACUUAAAGGGCGUCUGCGAUGCCCGGCGUAAGAUGUUUGACCAGCAGAUCCUUGAAGUGCACCGGGUGGAGCAGGCCAUCGAGCAUGCUGUAGACUUUACCAAGCGUGCCCUGCACUCCGAUAACAUCACCGCCCUGCUCUACAGUCAGAAGGUCAUAGUUCACCAGCUCGUCUUCCUGUUACGCAUCAUGUGCACACGACAGCCAAUCGCGGGACUGGACAUCAAAUUCCUGGCCAACAUGCAAAACUUACCCAACUUCUCUCAGCUGUGGACAUUAGUGGUCCACGACCCGCUCCAAGCUGGAAACAGCGGGGUAGGGCCACCCACGGCCGCCCCAUCUGGAUCACACCUCCCUGGGCCCCACCCACAGGGUGGGCAGGUUCCCCCUGAGUUGUUAGUCGGUGGGCGAAUGCGUUCCCCUGGCUCCCGUCCCCUGUCGGCGCAAGAGCUACAGCAGAAGAUCAACCUCCAGCAACUGAUGAACAGGCGGCAAAACAGCCUGGAAGCCAACCACCACAGUCCCCAGGGCCGCCCAGGGGAACCCCCCCACCCAGCCUUCCAGCAGCCCCAAGGUGGCCCCCCACCACUCUCUAUCGGUCCCCAUCCCCAGAGAUUACCCAACCAGGCCACGUAUCGCAUCUUCCCCAAGAGUCCCAGUGCCAUGGCCUUCCGGCCAGCUCCUCCUCAAAAGUACAAUUACCCUCCCCCCAACAUCACCAUCAAUCAGAUGUCUAAGCAGAUGCUCUCUCAAGUUGGGAUCAACACGGCGGAGACAAUCCCCAACAUACCUCCAAUCCUACCUCCCCGAUCCAGCACGGAGCAGUCCGUAUCCCUUAGCCGUAGUAACACUCCAAGCUCACCUCUGCUUGUGAGCCCUGCAAGCAGUGGAGACGAACAAGCCCAAGGUAAUGGGGCUCGCAUCAAAGGAGAAGGCAGUAAUUCUAGAGAAGGUCGAGCAAGCUGCAGUGUGGUGGAUGGCCAGCGGAGGAACAAUAACUUCUCUUUGAUGGUGCCUUUCAUUUUCAGUAGCCUUGAUUUAACCGACUCGCACCAAACUGUCCUCAAGGACGAGUCAAGUCGCAGCAGUUGUAUGAUGGGAAACGACACUCCCGUCAAGAUCAAACAGGAGCCAGGCAUUCAGGAUUCAGAGGAAUACCCUCAGCAGUCGCACCUGAAUGACUGCCAAGAGAAUGGCGGUAAGCACAUGUCGCCCCGCGGCCACAACUCGGAUCCCAACGAGGACUGGUGCGCCGUGUGUCACAACGGUGGGGACCUCCUCUGCUGUGAUAGUUGUCCACGGGUCUAUCACCUGUAUUGUCACAUUCCAUCUCUCUCAGUGACACCAAGUGAUUCCUGGGUGUGCACCCUCUGUCAGUCGCCGGACAACAUCGCCAACCCCAGGAGCCAAUCACCUUCAAAUAGUGGGCGGAAACGACGGAUCAGUUCAGCACUACCAGAGAGGGAAAAGAUGCUAUGUGAGAAAAUUCUUUUAGAAGUUUACUGCAGCGAAGAUAGUAUACCAUUCCAUGAGCCAGUCAGCCGAUCGGUACCUAACUAUCACAAGAUUAUUCAGCACCCAAUGGAGUUGAGCACAAUUCGAAGCAGGCUCCAGACCUCACACUUCAACCAUUACCAGACCAUUCUAGAGUUUGUUGACGACUUCAAGUUGAUGAUUCGUAACUGCCACGUGUACAACGGGGAGGAAUCGGAAAUCGGCCGGACUGCCACAGCCUUGGACCGAAGCUUCAACGAGCUGAUGGGGCGACAUCUGCCCGACUACACCCACCUGCUGGAGAGGGUGGAAGACAACUCCCCCCUCACCAUGCCGGCCCGCCCCGCCAGUAGCGGGGAGGACGGUGAGAGACGACGCAAGCGGAAACCCGACAAAGUCUAUCACCACAUAGCAACACCUCCACCGAUGCACAUCAAAUGAUAACACCACCCGCCUAAACAAAAACAAUGACAUCAACAUCACCACUACUCACUUUCAGAAAUGUCCAGGUUGAUUGGAGACAAGAUGUUGGUUGUAUUUCCCAAGCCCUGCCCCAACUGGGCUUCCCCUAUCACAUCAGAAGAGUGUGGGUUAAAGGAACUGUUAGUCUUGCUUCAAGACAGUAAUGGGGUUCUUUUUUCAUACCAAGCAGUUGACUUGAACUGCAGAGGUUUUGUGAAGGUCUAGCGCGGAAUUACAGCGUUUAUGGUUUGCCAGAAUUGUGGAUGUAUGUAGCGGUAAUUUGGACUGUACAGUGUGUGCGCAAUGAGGCAGUCUGAAUAACGUUGCUGUGCAUAGGGAAAGAACCCUGCCGCUUUUUUCAAACUUUAAGCACAAUCUGUGUCAAAUUUUGCAAGCCAGUAAUGUCCCAAACCAUUCACACUUGACCUUGUUGUUAGCUUCCUGUAACUUGUGAUAUGAGCCAAGUCACUGGAGUUCACAUGCAAUACUGCUGCCUUGAAUUAAGACUAGCUACAUGACCUGUGUAAUAAGGCAAACCUCUGUCAGCUUUGAAACCAGUGUCAGGUGAGGUUUUUCUGCAAGUACAAAAUGAAACAUCCUAACACGAAGCAUUGUGACCCUUGUCUCAUCUAGGACAGGCAGGUUGAAAACCUAUUCAUAGAACAGGGUAACCAUGGUAACAUUUGUUAAUGCGGCUGGUAUCUUUAAAGGUUGCUUUUUAUCUUUCUAGGCCACUGAGAUUUAUUCCAUGGUCGCGCUAUGACGUUUUAAAUUCAUGUUUCUCUUCGUGAUUUUAGCCUAAAAGUAGAUCUGUGCCAUCUUUGCAACAGUUUUUGUUUGUUUGUUCUGCAAAGGACUGGAGGGGACUGGAGGGCAGAUUUUCAAAUACCUUGUUCAGAAUCCUUUCUAAAGAUGAUUGAGAAAGACUAAAUUUUGAUGUGAAAAUAGAACAAAAUUCAAAUAGCAGUCCAUAUUUUUGACAAGAAUCAAAUCUGUUGUAAAUACGUAGCUUCUUUUCUUAAUAUAGAAUCUGUGUACAGAAUGCAAUUGUGUAGUUUUAGUGUGGUAAAACUUAGAAAGGAUUAUGGACUGGCUUAGUGGAGUUUUGGAGGGGCUGGCUGCAGAUUUUUAGUAUUUCUGGUCUGCAGAACAUGGCACAUACCCUGUGGAACAAAAUCACUGGUCUGCAAGAUGGCAGCCAUGCAAACCCUCCAUGCUAAGCACAGGAGUGCACUGAAUGGUAAAGAAAUGCUAGUAAAAACUGUGAACUAUUAUUUGCUUCACCUGUGGAUGGCCAAGGUUUGCUCGAUUGCAGUUAGUCUGGGUACUGAUUACAUCACUCUGUUCAUUUGGUGCGCUCUCUGAUGGGAACCAGUUGUUGAUGACGGAUUUGAAACCCCACAGGAAACCGUACAUGUAAGCAAAGUCCAACACCGUCAGUACAUACAUGUAGGCCUAUGGUCAGAUCGCAGUCAGUGAAGCAGCUCAGAAAAUCACAGAAUUCUAGGUUUCAGGGCACAAAGUCCAACCCUGCUUAUUCCGUGAUGAUCAACCACGAUAUUUUUAGAAAUUUCCCCCAAAGUUGGCUUUUAUCACUUAAUUUUGUAGAUAGCGUGCUGGCUGGUACCAGAUGGAAACUACAUUGUGCAGUAUAACUGUAGCAUGUACGCAUCGGCUUAUGUCAUAAAUUGGCAUCAGCCAUUUUUUUAACCAAUUAAGGGUGCUGUAGCCUUUCUUUCCAAGUAGAGUAGGACAGAAGUGGGCUACAUCAUAUAUUUUUAUGAAAGAAUAAACCGUAAAUCACAUUGGUGCAUAAGACCUUUGCCAAUGCCAUUAUAUAUGAAUCAGAGAAAGGUAAUUAAUGCAAAUCAGCACAGCAGAGGAAAAAGUGAUUGGCUGCCUAUUGAUGCUUCAAAAGGAUGAGCAAGUCUCAUUGGUGGACUAUUGAAGUCAUGAAUAUGUUUCUUAUGUUAAUUACAGUUGUCAUGCCAUGACUGUUCACAGCAUAUGAGUGAUUGUUGUAGAUGUUGUGGUUUGUUACAUCAGAAAUCAGCAAGCUUAGUUUUUCCGAGUAUUUGAAUUCUUUGCCUGAAGAAUGUAUUAGUACCGUAUUCUAAUACAAAAAGGAACAAAUUUAUAUAAAUUCAAAAUUUACGACCACUGCAAAAUUGAAGAUCUUGUUGCCCAUUACAUAAUUUUUCAUUAAUUAGAAGGUAAAUGUGUCUGGCACCCAGACUCUUCCUUAUCCAUCCAUUGCCAAAUGGUGGUUUUUAGCAGAGGUCUCAAUUGAAUGACACGGUGCUGACUGAUGAAAUGGACCCUUGAUGUCACUCGUCUUUACACAUCUACAUGUAUCUUUUGUUUUAUAUUUUUCAGACCAGUCGCUUAAAGGUCGCCAGCACUUUGGUCAGAAAGUAGUCCAACUUAUGCUUUGUAUUGUAGAAUCACACUUUCCCCAUUUUGCUUCAUUGUUUUAUAUUCCUAAAACUACUUUAGCUGCCAAGAGUUUCAAGUUUUGUAACAACGGCCAGGUACGUGAAAUUCAAUCCAGAAAGAUAUUCCAAAAGAUAGGGUCAUUCCUUCUCUCCCCCAAAGAAAAAUUUCAUUUUCAUUCACAGUGUUCAGUUUUCUUUCUUAAGGAAAAAUAUUUUUAGAAAAUAUGUAGUUUCUGA